AUGAGUCUGUACAACUUUAAGAAGAUUAUGGUGGUGCCGCCAGCAAAGGCCUUCAUCGAUAUUAUGCUAUCGAAGACCCAGCGGAAGACUCCGACGGUUGUCCACAAGCAUUACAAAAUAAGCCGGAUCCGUGCGUUUUACACGCGAAAAGUUAAAUACACUCAGCAGAAUUUCCACGACCGGCUGUCGCAGAUCAUUCAGGAUUUUCCCAAGCUGGAUGAUGUGCAUCCGUUUUACGCGGAUCUGAUGAAUGUUCUGUACGACAAGGACCAUUACAAGCUGGCUCUUGGACAAUUGAAUACAGCAAGGCAUUUGAUUGACACCGUGGCAAAAGAUUAUGUUCGAUUGCUCAAAUUUGGCGAUUCGCUGUAUCGUUGCAAGCAGUUGAAGAAAGCAGCCCUCGGUCGAAUGGCCACCAUCAUGAAACGCCAGGCUUCCAAUCUUACAUAUUUGGAACAGGUCCGCCAGCACUUGUCUCGUCUGCCUUCCAUUGAUCCAUACACCAGAACCAUAAUCAUUUGUGGUUUCCCGAAUGUUGGAAAAUCCAGCUUUAUCAACAAAGUUACCAGAGCCGACGUUGAAGUGCAGCCGUACGCAUUCACAACCAAGAGUUU